ACAGUGAAUGUUGAGUUGAAGAGAUGAAGUUCAUGUGUUUGACUCUCCUGCUUGUUAGUGGAAUUACAGAUUCAAGAUCAGAGCAGUAUGAAGUAGUGGGACCUGCAGAUCCUGUAUUUGCUGUCGCUGGUGAAGAUGUGAUUCUGCCCUGUUCAGUCAAACCCAGCUUCAGUGUUGUGGACAUGAGAGUGGAGUGGUUUAGACUUGAUCUGAAAGACUCAUCACUAGUGCAUCUCUAUGAUGAUCAUGAAGACAGAAACACAGAUCAGAUUCAGUCCUACAGAGGGAGAACAAAACUGAUCCAUCAAGAACUACAGAGAGGAAACACAUCACUCAAACUCUCAACAGUCCGAGUCUCUGAUGAAGGAGUUUAUAAGUGUUUUAUUCAGUCUAAAUCCUGGUUUGAUGAGGCUACCUUUAAUGUCAGCGUUGAAGCUGUAGGACGUCCUCCAGUGAUCACUGUAGAUGGGUUUGAUCGUUCAGGAGGGCUUCAUCUACAGUGUGAAUCUGAAGGUUGGAAUCCUGAACCUGAUCUUGAGUGGCUGGACAGUGAAGGAGUCAGUUUGAGUUCAGAAACUGCAGAGACACACAGAAACACAGACAGAUUCAGUCUGAAACAGGCCAUCAUUGUUUAUCACAGUGGCAAGAUUCACUGCAGAGUCAAACUGAGACAUCACAUGCUGGAGACACUGAUCAACACCACAAAUAAUAUGUUUGAUUCUUGGAGGACGUCAGUCAUCCUGAUUUCAGUUUGUGUUGUGCUCAUUGUGAUUGCUGGAAUACUGAUCGCUGUGUUCGCUCAUAAAAAGAGAGCACACGAUCAACUACAGGAUGAGCACAGGAAAAUACAAACUGUCUUUAUUGAAUCAUUUAAUUUAGUAUUAAUUUCAAUGAAAGUGACUCUGGAUGCUGAUUCAGCUCAUCGACGUCUCAUCGUGUCUGAUGAUGGGAAACAAGUGAGAGAUGAAAUCAGCCGGAACGCAGUGGAUGAUGGAAAACACAGGUUUGAUGAAUAUCUUGGUGUUCUCGGAAAGGACGGAUCCUCCUCAGGGAGUUUUUACUUUGAGGUGCAGGUGAAGGAUCAAACUUGGUGGGAUUUAGGAGUGGCCAGAGAAUCUAUUAAGAGGAGCGGCAGGCUCGGCCUGAGGCCUGAUGUUGGAUACUGGACUGUGAGACGGAGAGAUACGAGGUAUUGGGCUCUUGAGUCUCCAUCUGUCUCUCUGUCUCUGAGAGUGGAGCUUCAGAGGAUCGGUGUGUUUGUGGAUUAUGAGAAGGGUCUCGUCUCCUUUUAUGAAGUGGAGUCCAUGUCUCAUAUCUACUCUUACACCAGUCAGUCUUUUAAUGAGAAACUCUUUCUAUUUGUUGGUUUGGGGUAUCAGUGGGAAUAUGUAAACUCCACACCACUGAUUAUCUGUGAUGAUUAUUAA